AUGGAUCAAGGAAACCGAUCAUGGGCCAAUGUUACUACCGCAUCUACUCGAUCAAACAUCAAGCUCAGGUAUGUCCCUCCAACUGCUGUAGAAGAUAGUAUUGUGGUAGAAAUGCCAGCAAGACUUGAUCCUUUGGAGAAAUGGGAUUCCUGCCUCGUUGGCUAUUUUAUUGAUAAAAGAGUUGGGUAUAAUUAUCUUCGGAACAGUGCGUUUGGGAUGUGGAAGGCUAAGGGCCUUAAGGAAGUUCUUACAAAUGGGGAUGGUUUCAUGUUCUUCAUUUUUGAUACCCCUGAGUGCUGUAGAGACGUUCUAGAGGGAGGCCCAUGGUAUAUUGGGGGUUACCUCCUCAUCUUGAAACAAUGGAAGAGAAUGAUGAAGCUUGCCAAGGAGAAAUCCACUAAAAUCCCAGUUUGGGUGAAAUUUUUUAAUGUCCCCCUGGAAUACUGGGACCCUGAUGGCUUAAGCAGGAUUGCUAGUGCAAUUGGCAACCCCCUCUUUAUGGAUCAGCUUACGGCCCGAGGUAGUAGAGUGGCUUUUGCUAGAAUCUGUGUGGAGAUAGAAGCUACAUCAAAGUUGCUCUCUUAUUUCCAAAUCAGGUGUGGUGAUGAUGCAGUCUUAAUUAAAGCUGAAUAUCAGGGACUGCCUUCUGUUUGUCAACACUGUCAGAUCUUUGGACAUAGUACUGAGAAGUGUGUUUCCAAACAAGUGGCCCAGUUGAUCUCCUUGCAGAAGGUAACCGACGAGAAUGUUAAUCCUCAGGAAGAAGGUUGGACAACUGUUCAAGCUAAGGGUAAAAGGAAGGUGGGGGAUCCUGAGUUAGAGACUAUACCUGAAGUGGUGGAGUCCCCUGAAAUCCCUUAA